UCCCCCGACGCCCGACACCACAUUGGCGGAAAGCGAGGGUAGUUCCUUUGGAGUCCAGCUUCAUCGUCUCCAAAGCUUUUGGAACAUCGGCGCCUGAAAGCUUGAAGAAAGCGUUCGGAAGGGGGAAGCGGGGAUGUCGAGCACCGUCGAUGCGGCGGGGGAGCCGAUCCCGACGUCAGCGGUCCUGAUGGCGGCGUCGAAGCACAUCGCCUUGAGGUGCCGGUCGGAGAACGUGGCCUUCAUCAACUGCAAGAAGAAGGACCCCAAUCCGGAGAAAUGCCUGGACAAGGGCCGGGUGGUCACUCGCUGCGUCCUAAAUCUUUUGAAGGAGCUUCAUCAGAGGUGUCCCAAAGAGAUGGAUGCUUAUGCAGGCUGCAUGUAUUACCACACCAAUGAGUUCGACUUGUGUCGCAAAGAACAACAAGAAUUUGAGAAAGCAUUCCCAAUUUCUGAGUAGUCUUGUGAGGUUGCCUGCAAUGGUCAUGAGAAAUUACUCUGGAGAAACACAAUUCAUGGAUUCCUCUGUUCUUUUUUCCUUUAAUGAGGCUGUCUUUUGGCACCAAAGUAUUUCAUCCUAUCUUUGCAACAACAUUUCUGUUGGAAAUUAAUCUGCUUUCAGAUCCUGCUGUAUAAGUUGUCAUCGGGCUAAACAAAAUCAUGUGGAAAGACCAUGUCGAUGGUGCUUGCAUAUUUUUGUUUAUUAGGCAAUGUAAUGAAUAAAUUGAAGGCUCUAUAUUUCCUUGUUCAGGAGGGACUCCAUAAAAUAGAAAUACAAGCUUGCGAUGUUUCAGGUGGGCAUGCAUAAAAUUCUUAGAAUUCAUGCCA